UCUGCCUAUGGGGUCGUACGAGGUGUCGCCGGAGCAGGGACUGCAGUCCGCAAUUCGCAUCAUCAAGGAGGGGAGAGUGCACUCUGUGAAGCUCGAGGGUGGUGAGGCCAUGGCUCCCACCAUAAAGCGCAUCACGCAGGCGGGAAUCCCGGUUGUCGGCCACGUGGGGCUCACACCACAGCGUCAGAACGCCUUGGGCGGGUUCAGGGUUCAGGGGAAAUCCACUGCGAGCGCGCUCAAGGUGUUGCAUGAUGCACUGGCCGUGCAGGAAGCUGGAGCAUUUAUGAUCGUGCUCGAGGCCGUGCCGGCUGAGGUCGCCGCAAUCAUCACCAAGAAACUCCACGUUCCAACUAUCGGCAUUGGCGCGGGCAAUGGCUGCUCGGGACAGGUUCUUGUGCAGAUCGACAUGACGGGGAACUUUCCUCCGGGCAGAUUCCUUCCCAAGUUCGUCAAGAAGUAUGCCGACGUUUGGGGCGAGGCCAUCAGGGGAAUUGAGCAGUAUCGCGAGGAGGUGAAGAGCCGCGCGUAUCCUUCGGAGGAAUACACAUACCCCAUCCCGAAGGAGGAGCUGUCGGAGUUCGAAAAGGCCGUCGAGAAAAUUCCCAGUAAAUAGAUUUGGACCCUUUUGCCCAUUGUGUUCAUUUUGCAUACCAUUGUCCAUCUGGACAGCUAACCUGGACAUAUUAUGACUUGCAUUGGCCAUGCCCACCAUCAUGACUUGUGAUACCUUAUUUGUUGCUUGUUUUUCGUGAUAGUUGAGAUAGAUCUAAUGGCCGCUACAAUCGUUGCA